CUGCAGUUCUUAUUCCCUUUUCCACCUUCAUGUCCAACUAAUUACUCUUUCUCCAUAGAUAUGAAUUACUCUAGGUUCAUCACCACUGUGAGUGCAACAAGAAAAGCAUCUCCAAUAAGACUGCUCACUGAAUUGAUGCAGAAGUCUCCUCCAUAUCUCAUCUCUCUGGCUGGAGGGGUACCAAAUCCUAAUCUUUUUCCAUUUAAGAGGGCAACUGUUGACAUUAGACAUGGAACUCCUAUUGAGAUUGGGGAAGAUCUGAUGAAGAAAGCUCUCCAGUACUCAGCCUCAGCAGGGAUUCCAGAGCUGUUGUCUUGGCUAAAAGAUUUCCAGCAGAUUUACAUGAACCCCCAAAGCAAUUACAGUCCUGAGCAAGGACAGAUAGAAGUGUGUGUCACAACCGGCAGCCAGGAAGGCUUGUGUAAAGUUUUUGAAAUGCUCAUUAAUCCUGGAGACAACAUCCUUUUGGAUGCACCCACAUAUUCUGGGACAAUAGCAGCUCUGAGACCCUUGGGUUGUAAUAUAAUUGAUCAACAUGGCAUUAUUCCAAAAGCCUUAAAAGAACUUCUGUCUCCUUGGAGCCCAGAAGUUGUAAAAAAUUGUAGCAAUCACCCCCCCAAAUUCCUGUACACUAUUCCAAACGGAUGCAACCCAACUGGCAACUCGCUAACCACAGAGCACAAAAAAGAGAUCUACCAGCUUGCAAGAAAAUAUGAUUUUCUCAUAAUAGAUGAUGAUCCUUACUACUUUCUUCAAUUUGAAAAGCCAUGGGUGCCAACUUUCCUCUCAAUGGAUGUGGAUGGCUGAGUUAUCAGGACCGACUCUCUAGUGGUGGACUUCUACAGGAUGCAGCAGGAUGCAAUGCUCACUGCUGCUAAGUGGUUAAAAGUUCAGAACUUGACAGAAUGGUACCCUCCUACUACUGGCAUGUUCUUGUGGAUCAAAAUUAAGGGUAUUUCUGAUACACAGCAGCUGAUAAUGGAAAAGGCUUUGAAGAAAGAAGUAUUACUGGUUCCUGGAGGAGCAUUCAAUAUUGAUAGUUCAGAGCCCAGUUCUUAUGUCAGAGCCUCCUUCUCUCUGCCUUCUCCUGCCCAGAUGGAUCUGGCCUUCAAGAGACUGGCUGAACUUAUAAAAGAAUCUCUGUGAAAAAGCUAAAUAGAGCUCUUGCAGUAAUAAAAAUCAUCUCCAGAAAACAUUUAUUAACAUUUGGAUUUUAUCAGAACACUUGUUAAGCAAGCACAAUACAGUGGAUGUUUCCUUAGAUCAUUUCAGCUAAAAAAAAGACAGAAAAUGAAAGUGAAAAACAAUUUGCCUAAUUUUUUUUUGACAGGACAUUGCAUUACUAAAUUUAUCCAAUUCAGUAACAUUUAAAAUACUCAAAACCAAAAUGUUCUAUUUCCUAUAAAAUCCAUCGUUUUGUUAGAUUUGAAUUGAUUUUUGUUCUGACUUUCGUUUUCCAUUUGAGUUGGGAAACAGAAAUAAUUUACUUAGAAAGAGGCACUUGAGGUGGUCUUAGCCACUAUUACUUCUCACUAUUAAUCUCAACUGAUACAUUCCUCCAAAAUAUUAUGCUGGAAUUGUCUCAUGUCACUUCCAUUCUUGUCCUACUGUAUGGCAUCUGGUUUUAAUGAUUUGAGGAUCAAUAUUUAAUUUUACUGAAGUUUUGUCAGAUAAAGCUGAUGUAAGUAUGUUGAAAAAAUUGAAACUUAUCCAGGAAAAUGAGGCUAUGAUUACAAAUAAAUUGAGGUCCCUUGCAAUUUACAAGGGCAUUGCAGCUCAUUCUCUAAUUUGUAAAAGGUUUUCUGAUUGCUGGUUUUUACUUCAGUCUGUGAAUAAUUACUCUGUACCUGUGUUAGAAAAUCUCUGGUUUGCUGAGGCAUGUGGAUGUGCUAAAGGAAGUACUCUUGGUUGUUCAGUCAGAUGUGAUUUUGAAUGGAGAGUGUAAGUAACUGAACAGGGGAGAUGGUGGAAUGGACACUACCCUGACACUGCCAGAUGAAAAUAAAAUGAAAAAAUAAAGAAAUGUUUCAGUCA